AUGCUACACAAUACCCUUCCUCAAAGAUUUAUCGGCUAAUUUUAUUACACAGGGCUUUUUCAAAAGCCCAGUCUUUUCUUUCGUGACUUCAUAUGAAAAUUCCAAGGGGCAGAAACUGCGGAGGACUUUCCUGCUCUGUUUACCGCCACUAACUCAAUUAAAAACCACACAGACUCUUGUUGCCAUUCAGCUGUGUUUCUCCACAGGCCCUAUUACAACUCGGCUCUCUCUUCUCCAACCAGUCCCACAGCAUUGAAUGAUGUCAUGGGAUCAGUUCAGCGAGAUGAAAGGCAGAAAGCGGAACCCGCUGGCACUGGGGAAAGCUUCCAACACACAAUCUGGGACGAGCACAGCUUGAGAACUUAAAAAAGAAAAGUCUGCAGAUCCAGCCGUUGAGCUCCGGGAAUCAUGCAUUCUCCCCACUUCUCAACAAAAAAGGGGGUGUAGGUGGAUCUAGAGGGGUGAGUUUUUAUUAAAUGUAUGGGGGGGGCAGAGAAGGCAGAGCAUGGAACAUAGCUACCUGCUGAAAAGAACGCUCUUUCUCUGGUCUCCAAAGCACAGCCUUUGAUGUAUGGCAACAGAUCACUGAUCAGAUUACAGGCAUUUGGUUUCACUGCUGGUUUGCCUUUGAUCUGCGUACUUAAUUUUAUUUUCCUGGACUUGAAGGUUGCCCGGGCUUGUGCUGACAUACUUUUAAAAAAAGAAGAGCAGAUGAAGGCAUUUAAUACAGAAGCUCUGGUAGACUGAAAUUCAGUUGCAGAAAAGGUGGCUGUUGGAUAAGUGUCAGCAUACAUCAGAAUUAGUGUUUUGUUAACUGAAAGAUUUCAGAAAUGGAAACUGAAAAGUCCCAUGGGCGAUCCUCCAUAGUGAACCUGCUGAUACUUCUGAUAUAUUUUUUAAAUAAUGUGAUUUGUGAAACAGGGGACUGUAGGGAGCAAGAGUUCAGAGAUCAUGAUGGAAAUUGCAUGCUGUGUGAACAAUGUGGACCUGGAAUGGAACUCUCUAAGGAAUGUGGCUUUGGAUAUGGUGAAGAUGCCCAGUGCAUGACAUGCCGACCAAACAGAUUCAAGGAGGAUUGGGGUUUUCAGAAGUGCAAACCAUGUUUGGACUGUGCUAUAGUAAAUCGGUUUCAGAAGACCAAUUGUUCUGCUACCAGCAAUGCUGUAUGUGGAGACUGCUUACCAGGAUUCUAUAGAAAGACAAAGCUUGGAGGUUUUCAGGAUAUGGAGUGUGUUCCUUGUGGUGAUCCACCUCCCCCUUAUGAACCUCACUGCACUGCCAAAGUGAAUCUGAUGAAAAUUCCAUCAACUGCCUCUAGCCCACGAGACACUGCUCUAGCUGCUGUGAUAUGCAGUGCAUUGGCUACUGUACUUUUAGCUCUCCUCAUUCUGUGUGUUAUCUACUGCAAAAGACAAUUCAUGGAAAAGAAACCAAACUGGUUUGCAAGAUCACAGGAUGUUCACUAUGAAGGCUCUGAACUUUCAUGUUUUGACAGACCACAGCUUAAUGUCUAUGCACGUAGAACAUGCUGCCAGUGUCAGCGGGACCCAUCACAGAUAUGUGGCCCAGUGCAUUUGAUUCCAUCACUGUGCUGUGAGGAGACAUGUAGUCUAGAACACAGCUGCCAUAGCUGUCCUUUUCACUCUAGGACUACACUUCAUGAAAGGAAUUCAAAUUCUGUUGGUGAAAUGAUUCCUGCAUUCCUUGGUUCUCUUUCACAUUCUGCGUGUGGAGAAAUUUCAGAUGGUUGGCCCCUUAUCCAAAAUCCAACUUGUUGUGACAGCAUCUCUUUCUGUGAAUCAUAUCCUGAGCUAAUAGGAGAAGAUGAAAAUUCUUUCAGCAUAGAGACUGAAAAAGUAGCUGUUAUGGAUUCGGAUAAUGAACAGGAUAUAAGUACAUUAGCAUCUUCUAAAUCUCCUUUUGGAAGUUUGACAGAGUCAACUGAACUUCCAAAUAAGACGUAUUAUAUCAACGCUACUUUAAACCAGUUUGUAGUUGCUGAACCACUGUCAGUGACACAGCCUGACAGGAUUGUUAGUGAUUCCACAAACUGAUGACAGAUUGCUUACCAUAUGUAAAAAAUUGAAGCAAUUUACAGUUCAACAUCAAGUAAGCAAGACAAACCUCAUGAAAAUAUAUACACGUUCUCAUCAAUUAAAAUAUCUGAAACCAGAAAAAGUAAGACACAGCCAUUUACAAAAUGAUUAGGAAAAUGAGCUAAGGAAGGCACGAGUGAAGAAAGGAGCUUUUUAACGUAUCUAAAUCACGCCAUAGCUGAUGCCACACAUGUAAAUACUGUCCCUGCUAUUUUUCAGGUAAUAUUCUUUAGGAUUAUUGGGCAUAUAUUUUUAGACUAUGGUACUGUUUUUGAAUAACAUGCAUAUUGUGCAUAUUCACAUCUCUAUUUUAUUCUAUUUUUAAAAAAUGUACCUUCCAUGUAUUUUGGAAAGAGAUCCUUGUCCCACACCAGCCAACCUCAAUUUGAGACAUUUAACAUUGUCCAAUCAAUUUAAGAUAUUAGGUUAGUACCUACAGAUGGGCAGGCUCCAUCCUUAUGACUUUUCAUUUUGGAUACAAACCUUAUGUUGCAAAACCAUGUUUUAGUUAAAACUACAAAGUUAAUGGAAGAAGUAUCCUAUUAUAAUAGUAACUGUGAUUUAGAAUAUGGGAAGGUAUAGUGCAUGUGUUUAAACAUUUGACUAACAUCUGCCAUCUUGUUUGCUUUUAGGAGUCAAAAGGACAUUUCCUGGCGGUCUUUAAAAUGGAGUGCUUCCCUCCGUGCCUCUCUUCAAACACUUGUGAAUGGAAUGCAGCCUGGAUACUGACAUUACAAGGUUUCAGAAACAGCUGAAAUAAAUUGGCAGCAUUUCAAAGCAUUGGGGCAGUUGUAUUUGAGACACAGCAGCUGUAUGGGAAAACUUGAAGGAGAAACCUGGUAAAAGACCAAAGGCAGAUCCAUGCUGUUCUCUUUUUCUUUGAAUGGGAAACUUCUGUGCCUCAUGGACAUACAAUCAAAGCUUAGCAAUCACAGCUAAGCAGAUUAUGUAAAUAUAAGGAGCAACAGAUUUGUAUGAGUAUAUGGCUACUAACAGUAGGUGUGCGCAUCAAGGGGUGUGUGUUGUCUUUUAGCUUUUAGCAAAAGGAAGCAUUUUAUAGGAUUUCUAAUAUGUUGGACCACUCUGAUUCAUUGCAGAAUGUGCCAUAAGUCCAGUAUUGGAGAGCUGUUUUUUUUAAAGAAAAGUAAAUAAAUUGAAAUAAAUAAAAUACUUUGUUGUACAAACUGAUUGUGAACUUGGAAACUACACUAUGUGACUGUUACAAUACUGUGUGCAUUAAUUAUUUGUGAGGGAAAGACUUGCUACGAAACUUGCAAGUAUACUAAAGUUUUUCUGGCAAUGUUUUCAAUGUAAUCAUAUGUAUAUUUAUUUAGAACUCUAUUCUGUUGUUUUCAGUGAUGUUAACUCUCAAGGAAAUAUCAGGAUUGCAAUCCUAAUAGGGCAACAACUUUCUAUUACAACUUCUCUUUGCUAAAAUUAUUUCAACUUCAAGUGAAACAUUUCACCCAUAAUUUUGGGAGCAUUUUUAUCAUGGCAUACAAAAUUGUUAGCAUUAUCUAGCAAAAAAAGACUCUUGUUUCAUUUCUGUUGGAAUGGUUGUUUUGUUGCACUAAAAGAGGAUUUAGCCUAAAGAUACAUUUUACCUAUAGGCUAAAUGUAAUUCUUUGUCCCAGGUAGUGUAGGCUCAUUGAAUCAAUGGAAUUUACAUUAAAAAGUGUGCAGCAAUGUUUGAUGGGUCUGGUCUGAUAACAAUAACCACAACCUGUUGCAUAACUUAGUAAACUGCACUAAAGUAGGCCCAUUAAAUCAAUGGCAAUUUUGUGAAUCAACUUUUCUAUAGGUUCCCCUGAUUUAUAUGGGUCUGCUGUAACUGUAAGGUACUUUAGCACUCAUUAAAUCCCCAUUGAUUUAAUAGUUUACUCUAAUGUGAUUUUACUGUGCUAAGCAACUGGAUUUUUUGUCAGUAAUUGAUUUAAUCCUAUUUUUUUUAAGUUUUAACAAAGGAAUAAAAUUUAGUUAUCAACUAACCACUUACCUAUCAAUAACUCCCACUGAAUACAGCUGAACUUAGAUAUAGGAAUGUACUGGAGUGACAAGUGUAUAAAAAUAAAGCUGCAGUUCUGUGCACACAUUAGAGGCAAGUCCUGUUGAAUUCAUUGGAACUUUGAAUUAAAGAGGGAUAGUAUCAGGCACUAGGGUGUCAUAAAGCUGUUGCUAUGAAAUUCACACUAAGAAAAACUAGCAAACGUUCUGUAUAAUUUUUGCAUGAAGACAUGUAUUUGUGUAAAUAUUGUAAAUAAAAGAAUCCAACAUGCAUUUCAGUAUUCUGCAAAACUGUUAAUAGACUAUACAUAGAGACAACUGUUUACCUAUCGUAACUGCUUUGAAAAUGCCUUUUUGUUAUUUUUGUUCAUUAAGGCAUAAGUUUGCCAUUGGAAUUUACACUUUGUAUUAUUUUCUACCAGUUUCUUUAAGAUCAAAUAUUAACAAUAAAGCAAUAGCAGGGCUUUAAAAUGUAUGUAUUGUGUAAAAACAGUUUACAAAAUGUUUGAUUUAACCAGAUUGGUCUUGAUUUAUGUUGCCUAUGGUGAGCAUGUAUAUGCCAAUAGAAAACUCAGAUAUUUUUAGACUGCCUUCAAACAAGAAAGUGUUUCCAAUAUUAUUUUAUAUGCAGGAAUUUUUAAAAGUUGUAAAUUGCAACCUCAUGUACAUUUUAUAUGCAUAUGUUUUUCUAUUUGUUAAUAAAUAGCCAUUGAAAUA